GGAGCGCCGACGUCAGCGACCGUGAGCCCGCACACGCCUGCGUGCCGCUCUCGUGAGGAGGAAGAGGUGGCGGGCUGUCGCCGAGGAGCGGUUUCCGUUAUCCUACCCUCUCCGAGGACAGCGUGGAAAUAAGGGAACGCGUGGGUCGCCGGGGAGCGGGAGGGGGGGAGUGGUAGAGGCAGAGUGAGGAGAGGGAGGGAGAGAGAGAGAGAGCGGCGCGGAGCCUGCCCGGAAAGUGGCUGCGUGGACACAUCACCGUGGAAGUUGGAGGGGAUGGCUUCGGUACCGGCGGAGCCGAACCUGAGCCCGGGUCCCGUACCGGCUGUGGAGUCACCGGUUCCCGCUUGCAUGUUCGCUCCGGUGCCGGCAUGUGGAGAGGACGUGGCCCGGGCAGAGAGCCCCGAGGACGGCGAGAUCUUCAACGGCGAGGCCGGGGAUCACCUAGACUUCACCAGUAAGCUGGCCCUGGUCAGCCCCAGCGGGGAGCAGUACGACUCUCUCCUCAGGCAGCUCCGGGAGAGGAUGGAGGAGGGAUGCGGGGAGACCAUCUAUGUCGUGGGGGUGGGAUCCGACGGCGGGGACUAUGGCCUGAGUGAGGCCGACCUGCAGGCCUCGGUGGCCACUGUGCAGUCCCUGUCGGAGCAGCUGGACUCGGACAUGAUCCUGCUGAGGGAGCGCUGCGAGGCCGGGGGGAAGGUCCGGGACUACCUCAUCCGGCGUAGGGUGGGGGAGGCGGACUUCCUGGAGGUCAGGGUGGCGGUCGUAGGCAACGUGGACGCCGGCAAGAGCACCCUGCUGGGCGUGCUGACCCACGGCGAGCUGGACAACGGGCGCGGCUUCGCCCGCCAGAAGCUGUUCCGGCACAAGCACGAGAUGGAGUCGGGCCGCACCAGCAGCGUGGGCAACGACAUCCUGGGCUUCGACCAGUGCGGGCAGGUGGUCAACAAGCCCGACAGCCACGGGGGCAGCCUGGACUGGACCAAGAUCUGCGAGAAGUCCUCCAAGGUCAUCACCUUCAUCGACCUGGCCGGUCACGAGAAGUAUCUGAAGACCACGGUGUUCGGCAUGACGGGGCACCUGCCCGACUUCUGCAUGCUGAUGGUGGGCAGCAACGCAGGCAUCGUGGGCAUGACCAAGGAGCACCUGGGGCUGGCGCUGGCCCUCAACGUGCCCGUCUUUGUGGUCGUUACCAAGAUCGACAUGUGCCCCGCCAACAUCUUGCAAGAGACACUCAAGCUCCUACAGAGGCUCCUCAAGUCCCCCGGCUGCAGGAAGAUACCCGUUCUGGUGCAGAACAAAGAUGACGUCAUCGUCACGGCCUCCAACUUCAGCUCCGAGAGGAUGUGCCCGAUAUUCCAGAUCUCCAAUGUGACGGGGGAGAACAUGGACCUGCUGAAGAUGUUCCUGAACCUGCUCUCUUCCCGGACAUCCUACAGCGACGAGGAGCCCGCCGAGUUCCAGAUCGACGACACGUACUCUGUGCCUGGCGUGGGGACGGUCGUGUCGGGGACCACUCUGCGCGGGUUGAUACGGCUGAACGACAUCCUGCUCCUCGGCCCCGACCCCCUGGGCAACUUCAUUCCCAUCGCCGUCAAGUCCAUCCACCGCAAGAGGAUGCCCGUGAAGGAGGUGCGGGGAGGGCAGACGGCCUCCUUUGCGCUCAAGAAGAUCAAGCGCUCUUCAAUCAGGAAGGGCAUGGUGAUGGUGUCGCCCCGCCUUAACCCACAAGCCUCCUGGGAAUUUGAGGCUGAGAUCUUGGUGCUGCAUCAUCCUACUACCAUCAGUCCCCGCUACCAGGCCAUGGUACACUGUGGCAGCAUCAGACAGACGGCCACCAUCCUGUCCAUGAACAAAGACUGCCUGAGGACAGGAGACAAGGCCACAGUGCACUUCCGCUUCAUCAAGACCCCAGAGUACCUGCACACCGACCAGAGGCUCGUCUUCAGGGAGGGGCGCACAAAAGCUGUGGGCACCAUCACCAAGCUGUUGCAGUCCACCAAUAACAUGCCCUCCAAUGCCAAGCCGCCUCAAAUCAAGAUGCAGUCCACCAAGAAGAUGGCCCCGCCCCGGCGGGAGGAGGGGCCAGGGUCCACCAAUGAGGAGACGGCAGCCACAGGACGGCCAGCCAGUCCGCAUACAGCACUGACAGUGGGGGAGGAGGACAUGCAGAGCAAAGACAUCAACAAGGAGAACAAGCCCAAGUCCGGCGGAGGGGGUCGGCGACGGGGCGGCCAGCGACACAAGGUGAAGUCCCAGAGCUGCGCGGCGGCGACGCCGGCGGGGGGGGGAGGGGCGUGUUAGACCCCGCGCCCGCCGGCCCUGCUCCCCCCCGCUCUCCUCUUCGGUCUCCUCCCCCCCUCUCCUCUUCUGCAAGCGCCGAGUCUGAGCAGGACUAGCUUCCCACCUCCCAGGAGCCAGCUGGCACUGACCUGUGCUGGGCUGCGUCGCGGCCGGGUUCCCGGCGCUGAUCCAGCCCGGAAAGACGCGGUGGCAGCUAGGUUCCCGCCGCGGAUCCAGCCCGGAGCGCGGCAGCAUAAACAGGGCCUGGGGCGACGCAGCAGGAGCUGGGUUCCUGGCGCCGAUCGGGCCCGGAAUGACGCAGCUCCCGGUCAGUUCCCCUAUUACAGAACGAGUUUGUCGGUUCACCGAUAUUAAAAAAAGGUUUCUGCGCAUUGCUAGCUUAUCUUGGGGAAAGUAGCACAGCAGAGUAAUUCCUCCCCAGUUCAUGUACUGCAACCCCCCGCCCCCCAGCAUGUCUGUGGCAGAGUUUAAUUUUAACCUCUGAGAGGUAGAAGGGAGCGCUUUUAACUGUAAGACGGGGUCAGUCCAGUCCUCUGUCCUGGACGUCCCCCCUAGUGAGGCCCUCAGUCCUGCAGGUUGCAGCUGGGUCUCCAUGAUAAGACCCUACAGGCAGGACCAGUUCGUCAGUGGGCGCGGUGACUUGGCGUGUGGGGCACGAAGCAUAUCUAUUUCAUGCGACGACUUCCUCUAAUUAGUAUUUAUUCUCUUAAGUCAGUGGCUCUCAACCCUGGUCCCAAAGGGCUGCUUUAUCGGCUGUUUUUUGUUGGAGCUUGGUCCAGUGCUCGCUGAUGUACGCACUUGAUCUGCCCUGCUUGUUUUUUUUGCACUCUGUCCUUGGUUAGAAAAAUCCGCGAGUCCAGCUCCAUAGUGGGGAAAAGAGCGCUGCUGGAACACGACGCCGAAGGUGGAGCGUGGGUGUGUGCAGUUUUUUUCACAGCGAGGUGCGAGUAUUUUUAACCACCGCUAUGGCAGAGAGAGAGCAGAGGCUACCUGGAGUGGAGUUGGGAGAGCCAAAGGAUAGUAGGACAGGGAGGUCUGUACAAGGCAGUGGUCUAGGUUCAGGAUCCCUGGAGUUCCCCAGACCCUGGGAUGUGAGGACCAGGACUGGGAAGCUCCAGGUGCAAGUGAGAGGCGACUGCCCAGCCCCGAUUCCUCCUCCUCUCCACUGAACCGUUGCUUCGGUGUGAGCGAGGCAGCUGAGGUCCUGGAGUAUGUUGGCGAGUGUCUUAACCUUUGAGGAGUGGAAUGGAGGGGGAUCGUUGUUAAUCGCGAACACCCACCAAAUUAACAGACCCGGUUCUGGUCAUAACCUCUCGAACACCUGUUUAGUUUUUUUAAUUCCUCUCCUUCCAGCCCUCAAAUCUUCAGAAGCCCGAGGCUUCUCCACCCUCGGCUGCCGGACUCUGGACCACUGGGGUCAUGGGUUCGAAUCCCAGGUGAAAGGUUGAGCAUGAUGCUUAAAUUGCUGAAGUAAAUGCUUUGCAGUAUAAAUCUGGUAUCUUGGAUUUCUCCGUUUUGGGAAUGUCCAGUAGGCUCAUCUCGUUUAAGUCUGUAGGUCAUCUCUCUACAUAUCGUGGGUCACCCAGACCUAUCGGAUUACAAUGAGUUGAUCUCCUCUCCAGGUUUAUAAGAUGCUCUGUGUUGAAGGCGCAGGUGAUACGGUCUCUAUCAGAUGUUUUAAUUGCUUAGUUAACGUAUCCCAAACUGCGAGCAAAAAUCUCAUUUGCAAUGGCCUGGGUGGAGAGGUGUUAACAGAUGCUCUGUGCUGAGCAGAAAAGGUUGAGAUUCAGUUAAGUAAAAAUCUUUUUUUUUCUUGGUUUUUAAAAAUGCAUGUUGAAGGAAAAACAAAUAUUCCAGCCUUUGUGGACUAGGGAGGAGCACCCCUGCUACAGGUAGAAUCACAGUCUAAGUAACUGCCCUGUGAUUGACUAUUUAAAUUAAUGUUAGGUGGUCAAAGCUUAGCGGUAACCGUAGAAACCAAUUGCAUGUGUUGUGUUGCAUCACUGGGCAUAGAUGAAGCGUGCCAGUGAAAUGUGUGAAUCAGUCCUGCUGCAGACUGGCAGUGUUUGUUCUCUUUAAAAUGAGCGGAGGGGCCCGACCUCUGGGAAACAUUGGAUCUUUCAACAUCGAUGAAUAAAUGAGACUUUAAGAACGCCACCUGACCACUGUCCCAAGUUAAGCUGUCUUGCUACACGGUAGUUCAGAAUUGCAUUUCAAUGGAGAGGGGGGAGGGGGGGGGACGACGACUUUUGAGUUGAAGGUAUUUUUUUGAGUUAUUUAAGCAUUAUGGAAAUAUUUACAUUUUAAUGGUGCAAGCUGACAAUUAUAAUCGUUAAUUGGAACCCCCUGCUCAGUGUAGUGAGAGAAACUGGGCUGUGAUUGUUUUCAGCAGGUUGCUGACAGUUUAAAUUGGGUCACUAAUCAAGCUUGUGUUUUUACUUUUACAUAGUUUAUUAAAAUCUAGAAUUUUUUUUAAAGCCUAAUAUUUGUAUUUGGUUGAGGAAUUUGGUUCCUCUUGGGAAGGGUUCUGAAUAUAAUGAUUAAAAAAAAACAGAUGUAGCCCGAAGAUGGAGUGAGAUGUUAAUGACCAGAGGAAGAAGGAAAAAAAAACUACCAGGAUUGUGUUUUUUUUUGCAAAGUUUUUGAAUUAGUGCAUGAUUAUUUUUGAGAAAAAAAUGUUUCACAUUAUCUAUAAAUAAUUACCAUCAAGGUGAAAGAUUGUGGUCUACAUCCUUUUAUGAAAUAAAAGUUUU